CCUAGGCUUGUGAAGGUUUAAUCAGGCUCGUGGUCAGGCAGGCAAAAGUGGGUACACAGAUCAGCACAGUGAUAAUGACAACGGCACAGACAGGGAGUGAGCAAAGGCAGGCGAGAUCCAGACUGGGUUCCAUACACAAGGCAGAGUCAAAAGGCACCGACUGAGAGCAGGACACGGUCAAAACAAGAAACAGGGUCGAUACACAAAGGACUUAGAGUAGAGACGCAAACAUGAACUAACAAUCUGGCAAAGUAGGUGGUAAGUGCAGGAGUAUAAGUUACCAACCAAUGACUAAUGGAGUGUAGGUGGUGAAAUCGCAUGACUGGCAGAACAGGCUGGAACUAAGCAGAACAGAACAAAACCGGAAAUGAUACCAAAAUAAAACAGGAAAUGGUGACACAUGGCUAGGUAAGUAAAGACAGACAGGAAACAAGACAGGAAAUACCAAAAUAAGACCAGAAACCAAGCACAACACAAGAUCAAAGUGCUGGAUCUCUGACACUACUGCACAGAUGACUGGCAUCAGGUUCUUUUCUUUCUCACUGUGCUCACAGUUGGUGGAGAAGUGUUUUCUUGACAAAAUAAUAAACUGAAUGUGGUCCCUUUGAGCUGUGACGUCAGCUCAAACGGUCUCCUUAAAUGUGUCUGCUGAGACAAAUAGCAGAGUUCUGUCUGUUCUGUAUGAGUGUAGUGAUGAAAACGUUUGGACCGACGUCUUGCCGGGCUGUUUUCAUCUCUCUUUUAAUGAGCUUUGUGGUAUGUCACCCUUCAGCACGGCUCCAAUCCUCUCAGACCAUAAUCUGGAUCAGAUGCGGUGCCUCGUCAGCAUUUCUAACAAUAUCUCAUGUGGUUCCGUUCCAUUGUCAUUGUGUUGCUGCUUUACCAGGUGUGGGCUCAGCUUCUGUCUCCACGCUCAGUCAGUGUGGAUACGUCCGGCUCCAGCACCGCGAUGGGGAGAGCCACGUUCCUGGUGUGGGUUCUACUGACGGCCCGUUUCCUGCCUGCCUGUGCUGACUUUGUGGCCUCCGAUGAGCACGGAGACGUUGGACACGACGAUGACGUUCACCCCAACAUCCUCACAGAGACGAGCGCUGACGGGUUUGAUGUGAACGUCCACACCAGCAUGGACACGCGCCCUGAAACCAGGUGGGACGGGCCGGACUCACUACGGAACCAGGACGACUACGAGGACGCCGACUGGCAUCCUCCCCCGUCGCCGCUGCAGCCGCUGCCGAGGCGGCCCGGUUCUGACGCUGCCAACCAGACGGGUCCAAGCGCUCAGUGUGGAGAGCACAGCUUCCAGCUGACGGCCGGCAGCCGCUGCCGCCUGGAGGCGACGCUGCCGCCGGCAGGAACCUCACCACAACGCUGCCCGGACGUUUUCCGCUGUGCAGACGACGUGUCCUUCUGGCACCACGAGACCCGGGCCCGGAAGGAGCAGCUGGAGCAGCUGAAGGAGACCACGUCAGAGCUGCAGGAGGAGCUGAGGAGCCACCGGCACCGCGUCCAGGGCCUGGAGCUGCAGGGUGAACAGCGUGACGUGGACAACUGCGGCCAGAAGCUGCGCUCUCUAGAGCUGCGUCACGCCGAGGCCGACACGCUGCUGCGCGUGCACGCGGCUCUGCUCCACGAGCUGCAGGCGCAGCUGUCGGCGGCUGUGCGGCACGUGGGCCGCGACGUGGGCCGCGCGCCCCCGCUCAGCAUCCGGAACACGCCGCCUCCAGACGGACGCCACCUUCCGUUCUGCCCGUCGGACUGUGCGUCUCUGUACCACAGUGGCGUUCGGCGCUCCGGUGUUUACGCCGUCGUCCUGUCGCCAGGUUCCUCGCUGUCCGUCUACUGCGACAUGGAGACAGACGGUGGAGGCUGGACUGUGCUUCAGCGCCGGCGCGACGGCUCUGUGAGCUUCAACCGUGGCUGGGCCGAGUACCGCGCUGGCUUUGGUGAAGCACGAGGAGAACACUGGCUGGGAAACCAAGCCAUCUACCUGCUGUCCAACCAGGCCCAGACCAGCCUCCGCAUAGACCUGCAGGACUGGAGCCACACCCACAGACACGCCCUGUUCCACAGCUUCAGGACUGACAGUGAGGAGAACCAGUACCGCCUCCACGUGUCUGGUUUCAGCGGCACUGUGGAAGAUUCCUUUGGCUGGUACCACGACCUGCAGGGCUUCAGCACGCCGGACACGGGCAACAUCUGCGCUGAGAUCAGCCACUCCGGCUGGUGGUUCCACCAGUGCUUCCAGGCCAACCUCAACGGCGUCUACUACAAGGGGGGGCGCUACUCUCUGAAAGCUCACAACCUCCUGGGCCCGGAUGGCAUCGUGUGGUUCUCCUGGAAGAAGUCAGACUUCUACUCUCUGAAGGCAGUCACCAUGAUGGUGCGACCGCGCAGCUUCAGGCCACGUGUGUCACCAUAGGGAGACGCGGGUUUACCAGCAGCUGGAGAGCAGGUUCAUGAAGACGAGUGGGGCCAGCGGAGCGAACGUCUACUACCUGGCUCCACCUGCAGGACCUCAGAUCAGCAUCAGAUGCUGCAACAUCUUCCCAUAACAUUUAUUAAUAGGAAAAUCUGGAGUUCAUCUCGAUUUGCAGCUUCUUCUUUACAGCUCUAAUGUGUAGUUAAACAAUGCAGUAUUUUCCCCCUUUAAACCAGUGACUACGUAUUCAUGCAGUAUUACUUAAUAGUAUGAGGUCCUCACAAACUUAAAGUUAUGUGUGUAAAUGUGGGCGACAUUCUGAGCAGUAGAACUGUUCCACUGUAUUUUAUCCAUAUCAGGGAGAACAUGAUGAGAUUUUAUCAUUUUUUUGUCCUAAUUAAAACAGUGAUAUCGUGUUUGUACAGAACACAGACAAAUGUAAUUACGCAUUUAUUAGAAUAGUUACAGGUAUAUUUGAUUCGCCAACCACUGAACUGAACUCUUCAGUAAAGCACCUGCACAGUUGUUACCCUUUACAAUGUGAGGUCAGUCUAUUUCUGCAGUGCUGCUAUUGUGUGGUUCCAUUAGUUUCCCCUCAGACUUUGGAGACAACUGACCCCAGAAGGUGUUGGUGUUUAUGUGGGGUGCUGCCUGGGGCGGGUGACAAACUGCCACCACAGAGGGGGGAGGUCACCCUCCUUACGGGCAGGAGGGAGGGCCUCAGUCUUGGGCCCAUCAGCCGGAGUCUCAGCCUGCAGCUGGGCGACCUGGAACCAGACAGUUGAGGCUCAGCACAAACAAUAGUAAUUAUAACACAUACAUGCACUGGUGCUGUGUGUUACAGGGUUGUGACACACAGCCUACCUCUUUGUCCCAGCUCUGCAUUCUCAGUUUCUUCCACUGCUCCCUCUUAGAGAAGUAGUCAGGGUACAUGGCCUUCUCUGAUGGGUGCCAGUAGUCCAGCACCCACUCUGGCACCUACAGUUUCAAAAUAGAGCUCAGCAUAUUCAACAGUGUCAAAUAAGAUUAUUUUAAAAGUAUUUUUAAGGAAAAGUAUAAGACAAUAGAAACUAGUGACUCACCUUGUAGCACUCGUAUCUCUCAUAUGAAGUCCCUCCAGGAGAGUCAGGGAAGAUGUAAGGCUGUGGGUGCUGGUUGGCCCAGAAUUCCUCCUCUCCCGCCCUUAGCAUCUUGGUAGCCUUAACCAUGUCCUUCUCGUUCUUAUUCUCAUCGAAGCGAGCCCGCAGCAUGCAGGCGUAGAACCGAUACUUGUCUCUGUAACAGAAACGUUCCACAUCCGUUGGGUCAUACCCCACAAAACAUCACAGUACAAACAGCUCAUUACACUAACAGGCAUUUGAGUAAUUCAGACUGUGGUAACGUUUCCUAGUAAUCUUCUAAUUCUAAAGUAGUACAAGAAAAAAAAAGCCUUUAUUGGUCAUUAGCA